GGGGCAGCGCGGCCACAUUAGCGGGCACUUCAGUUCCUAGGUCGACCGGGAUUCUCGGGCGGAAGUGGCCGACCGGCGGUCCUAGGAGGCAGAGUCUGGUCCCGGAAUCUGCACAGUGGAGCCUGCCGUGGGGACGCGCCCAACUCCUCCUCGUACUGCGUCGGGUCGCCAUGAAGGACUCGCUGGUGCUGCUGUGCCGUGUCCCGGCGCACCCGGACUCGCGCUGCUGGUUCCUGGCCUGGAACCCCACGGGAACCCUGCUAGCCUCGUGCGGGGGCGACCGUAGAGUCCGCAUCUGGGGCACCGAGGGUGACAACUGGAUCUGCAAAUCUGUCCUUUCUGAAGGCCACCAGCGCACUGUGCGGAAGGUGGCCUGGUCUCCCUGCGGCAAUUACCUGGCCUCUGCCAGUUUUGAUGCCACCACUUGUAUUUGGAAGAAGAAUCAGGAUGACUUUGAGUGUGUGACCACUCUGGAAGGCCAUGAAAACGAGGUCAAGUCAGUGGCCUGGGCCCCAUCUGGCAACCUCCUUGCUACCUGCAGCCGAGAUAAGAGUGUGUGGGUCUGGGAAGUUGACGAAGAAGAUGAGUAUGAAUGUGUCAGUGUCCUCAAUUCCCAUACGCAGGAUGUCAAGCAUGUGGUCUGGCACCCAAGCCAGGAGCUGUUAGCCUCUGCCAGCUAUGAUGACACGGUGAAGCUAUACCGGGAGGAAGAGGACGACUGGGUGUGCUGUGCCACCCUUGAGGGUCAUGAAUCCACCGUGUGGAGCUUGGCCUUUGACCCCAGUGGCCAGCGUCUGGCGUCUUGCAGUGAUGACCGUACCGUGCGCAUCUGGCGCCAGUACCUGCCAGGCAAUGAGCAAGGGGUGGCGUGCAGCGGCUCUGACCCCAGCUGGAAAUGUAUCUGCACUCUGUCAGGCUUCCACUCCAGGACCAUCUACGACGUUGCUUGGUGUUCGCUGACGGGGGCCCUGGCCACAGCUUGUGGGGACGACGCCAUCCGCGUGUUUGAGGAGGACCCCGGCUCAGAUCCGCAGCAGCCCACCUUCUCCCUGACAGCGCACUUGCCUCAGGCCCACUCCCAGGAUGUCAACUGUGUAGCCUGGAACCCCAAGGAGCGGGGGCUUCUGGCCUCCUGCAGCGAUGAUGGGGAGAUGGCCUUCUGGAAGUAUCAGCGGCUUGAAGGCCUCUGAGCCACCUUGACUUUGGACAGAAUUAUGGUUCCCCCCAAAAUGUCAUUAAGACUUUUCUAGCCCAAGAAGACCUGGAAGAGCAGCCUGGCCUUCCUUUAACUUGGCUCUCCCGUUCAGAUCUGGGUAGACGUGCGGAGCCAUGUGACUACUCACUCCUUCCCACGUUGACAUGGGCGCUUGGUGAAGAACGGGGAAGAACAGUACCUUGUAGUGAUGCCACAGGUUUUGCUUCCCUUCAGGACACAGUGCUCAAGUUUGCGGGGUGAAUGUACUACUCAUAAUCACCAUGUUUAUAUGUCAGAGGCAUCCAUCGCAGACCUUUCUGAAACUGUAAGCCUUAUAGAAAUAAUCCAUCUGAGUCCCAAGUCCUAUUUAUAUUAGGACAUUCAUAAUUUAAAACAUGUCCAUGAUGAGCCCCUUUCUGAAAUAGGUCCUGCCUUCCUGAUUUCUGACGAAGUCCUUGCAUUUAAGACAUUCACUCAGUACUGAAGAUUUUCUGAUGUAGGCUAGUGUAGAGUAAGACAUCUCUGCUUUCCCUUAGGAACCUUUGUGUAUCUUCUAUGCCUCCCGGGGAAUGCCAAAAACAUAGGGAAGGGUGUGACAUCUAAAAGGGAGAAUUAUUAUUGGCCAUAGGCCAUGCAUUCUCAAUGGGGCUGAAAAUUGGCUCUUUGAUGAAGGACAGAAAAACCUUAGAGACAAUGAUUUGUGGCCUCCUAAGGGACUGUAGUACACAACAUGCAGUGUAUCUAUGGUAUUAAAUUUUCAUGGUGAA